UACAUUCGUCUCGAUCGAUUCGUUUCUCUCAUGCAUGGCCUGGGCAUUAUAUGCAUGUGAGCAAAUGCCAAACGAAAAAGAAACAUCUCUACGUUCUGUCCUGCCUCACAAACACGAUCCAUGCGACCUCUCCUCAGGUGCAGAGCAACUCUUUCCUACAGCGAUCUUGACACGCGCGGCCGGCACCAAUUCAUUUGAUUGAAGCGCGCGCGCGCGCACCAUGCGACGGCUCAGUGACAACCCCACCGCCGACGAUGCAUCCACGGCGCCGCUGCUGGUCACGCCAGCCUCGGCGUCGGCAGCGAGGGGCGGGGCCUUGCUGCCACCCGCGGGCGGGAGCAGCGCAAGCUUCGACGCCAACAUGAUCAUCAUCCUCGCAGCGCUGCUCUGCAUCCUCAUCUGCGCCCUCGGCCUCAACUCCCUCGUCCGCUUCGCGCUCCACUGCGGCCGCACCCUCACCGUCGCCGCACCACCUGCCGCCGCCGCAGCAGCGGUCGCAGCUCCAGCCACUGGUGCAGGUCUGAAGAAGCGGGAUCUGAGGAAGAUACCGGUGCAGGUGUACGAGGCCAAGGCCAGCGUCCCGGGCACGGAGUGCGCCAUCUGCCUCGGCGAGUUCGCCGACGGCGAGAAGGUGCGCGUUCUCCCGAGGUGCCACCACGGCUUCCACAUGCGAUGCAUCGACAUAUGGUUCGCCGAGCACUCUUCAUGCCCGAUAUGCCGGAUCUCAUUUCUUGAUGAGGGUGGCGCCGGCGAGGCAACGGUGGCCGGGGAACGGACUUAGCGCCUGUCGGACAGGUCCUCAACUAUUGGUUUGCAAUUUCUUGUACUGUAAGGGUUAGAGUGCAAAAUACAUUGUUUUGUUCCUAACUGUUUUGCUAUUUUUUUUCAAUACGGUGUUACUGAUACCUGUAAAUUGGCAUCGAAAUUUUGUGAAAACACAGGGGGCUAGCGUCUUUGUCAUUUCGA